CGUGUUUGAUGAGAUUUUGUGCGAUCAGGUUGCGUACAGAGAGCAUAAAAAGGAGGAAGGUGGUCGACCAGCAGCAGCAGCUUAGCUUUCGAUAUGAAUGGAAGCGCGUUUGGAAAGAGGAAACGAACGGAUCAAGUGUGUGUCCGGGUCCGGGUCGGACGGGGGGUGGCUGCUGGCUGGCAGUGAUACAAAGAGCGACGCAGAGUAAAGAAAAGUUGGCCGAGAGAUUUUUUUUUUUCUUUUCGCUCUGCCUCCUUUCCGAGAUUUGGAUCGUUUCAUUCGUUGCCGUUUUGUUGCUUCGUUUUCUUAGCCUGCUUUGUUUUGCUGCUGCGUUGGUGCUACUGGGUAUGCACUGGCAAAAGUGUGCAGGUGAAAUUGUGCGCAUUAUUCAAUAUGCGGUAUUUUAUAUGAUUUUGUCCAAAAUGAAUUAUUCAAACCGCGCGGCGGUGGUGAGACAUGAUCAUUGAUGUCGAACCUGCUAGUGUUGUCGUUAUGCAUUUCCCUUUUUACGCGUGGAAAUGUGAAUUUAACAUCAAUUGUGUAGUGGUUUCUCUUGAGAGAUUUCUUCUGCUAGACUUGCUGGCGCUGUGAUUCAUAUUUCCUCGCAGCACAUUAAUCAAACAAGUUUUUGUUUUAUCGAAUUCUGUAUAAUUAUGUGAAAUAUGUCGACAGUAUUUGCAGAUCGUGAUCUAAUAUUCUGGUGCGAAUUAAAAUUUCCUUUCAACAAUGGUUAGCGCGUUUCUUUCGGUGCAACGCCUGCAGUAGUGUACGUGCAGGACUACGGUUGCGGCAGUACCGCACGAACACUGCUUUGCAAAUAUCGAAAACAGUUUGUCCGAUGUUGGUGGCCGUAGUGCCACACUCAUCGAAUAUCACGAUCUACUGUGUGUAUGUAUGCUUAAGUGCGUCGGUGUUGGUGACACUAGUGCAACACUUUUCUGGCUCUAAUUUUUUCCUCGACGGACGGCGAACGAAUGAUGAUGGAUCGCGGUUGGAUGGCUCCUUGAUGUAUCUGCUCUGCUUACUGCUAGCGAGUAGCUGACGUUUCUGUCGUCCCCAUUGGUGACCAUCGUCAACGUGAACUCGGAACUUUCAACGCGGCCCGAUUUAUGUUGUGUGAUAAAAAAUUGUUUCCCGUUGUGUGUCCCUCCGAGGUUGCUGUGGCAGACAGCUGCUGCCGUGUGUAAUGUGUGAAAAAGUUCAGUUUCUGUGGGAAAAGUGACGAUGGCUCGGGCGGAAAUGGCUUCAAGAAGUUGUCUUUGUUUUGAUAGUCAGAACUGAGCCAAACUCGAAGGUACAACUUGUCAUCUAAACUGAACCGUUUUUAUGGCGAUGCGAGCAAUUCUACAAUGAAUUUUUCAUUGGCCGAAACGACGAAAAAAUACACUCCUGGAUUAUACAAAGGAAAGUUAGAAUAUUGGUGCAGCAGGUAAAAUACGAAAAACAACAACCCGGUAACGGAGAGAGUAGACAACGACACCAACAAUCAGCAAACAUUAAAUUGCAGCGACUGUAAAAGUUUCGUAAGAGAAACAGGAUUUCUAUUGCAACUAAAAUUGAGGCUAAGGGUGAAACUCAUCGCUUCUGGCCGUGUACUGAAAAACAUAAUUAGAAUAUUACGAUGUUCACUUUCACAGCUUCGUGCGGAUUGAGGGGGUAAAAUUUUUAGCCGAUUCAUAGCGCCAAUUCAAUUGAUACACCGUGGCGGUAAAGCGUACAGAUAAAAAACGAUCGCCAAUAGCCAACCAGCCUACCCACCUCCAACCUAAUGCGCAUGUUGUACUUUGUUGGCACCAAACCGGAAGAUGAUCAACACCUAGACGGAAAGCGAACGAUCGCUUCAAUCAUAUCAUUACACCGCGAGGAUAUGCUACUUAAAAAUCCGCAUCCGUACGAGAUGAUCCUUUGUGAUAUCUAGCUUUUAAGGGAUAAUUUCAAGUUCAUCUGAAUGGGAACAGGUUAGGAAAUUCCUAUCGUGUGUACGCUCAAAGACAACAACAAAAAACGACCACAGAAUAACGAAGCGAACGGCUCACUAUGACUAGUAUAUCGUUUAAAACUACAACGACAACCGGAGGAGAUGCGAAUGGAUGCAUUGCUGCGGCUGCCUCAUCUUCCUCGUCAGCGGUGGCGGCCGUUUCACUUAUGUCGGACAAGACGAUAACGAUGACCCCAUCGCAGCUAGCCUCCGCCACCACGGCAGCAGCUGUGGCUGCCUCCAAUCUGCUCUCCACAGCAGCGGCAUCCAAUCCUUCGAGUGCUCUGUUUGCCGCUGCUGCUGCUGCUGCGGCAGCUCACCAUCAGCAGCAGCAAAACAAUAACUACCAGAGCAAUAGCAGUAGCAGUAGUCUAUAUAAUAAUGAUAAUAAUAGCAAUAAUAAGGCACAGUCUAGCGAUAAGCUAAGCAGUAGUAGUAGCAGCGGUGUUGGAAGUGGCGCUAGUGGCACCGGGGAGGAGUACGAACGGGCCAAAUACAAAACUCCACAAGAGGUGAUGCUGUUGUACAUGGAUAAGCUCACUCAGUAUGAACACCACGAGAUAUACCAGUACCCGAAAAUCUAUUUCAUCGGAGCGAACGCAAAGAAGCGAAGGGGUAUCAGCAAUUCGGAGUACGACAACGAACAGGGCUCUUAUAUUCACAUCGCUCAUGAUCAUAUCGCGUACCGCUACGAAGUGCUGAAGAUCAUAGGCAAGGGAAGUUUUGGACAGGUGGUGAAAGCGUAUGAUCAUAAAAAUCAUCAGCAUGUGGCUCUGAAGAUGGUCCGAAAUGAGAAACGAUUCCACCGCCAGGCCCAGGAAGAGAUUCGCAUUCUAAAACACCUUCGAUCACAAGAUCGGAUGAACUCGAUGAACAUCAUUCACAUGUACGACUAUUUUGUUUUUCGAAAUCACAUGUGCAUCACGUUCGAACUGCUGUACAUCAAUCUGUACGAAUUGAUAAAGAAAAACAAAUUUCAGGGCUUCAGCAUACAGCUGGUUCGGAAGUUUGCUCAUUCCCUACUAAAGUGCUUGGAUGCACUGUAUAAGAAUGAGAUUAUACAUUGUGAUAUGAAGCCAGAGAAUGUUCUGCUGAAGCAGCAAGGACGUUCCGGCAUCAAAGUGAUCGAUUUCGGCUCGUCUUGCUUUGAGCGUCAGCGGGUAUACACCUACAUACAGUCAAGGUUCUACCGGGCACCAGAAGUGAUUCUCGGGGCGAAAUACGAUAUGGCGAUCGAUAUGUGGUCGCUGGGUUGUAUUCUUGCUGAACUAUUCACUGGAUUUGCCCUUCUUCCCGGCGAAGAUGAGGCGGAUCAGCUAGCAUGUAUUAUUGAACUGAUAGGUAUGCCACCGAAAAAAAUCCUCGAAAAUUCGAAGCGAGCGAAAAACUUUAUAUCCGCUAAGGGAUACCCACGGUAUUGUAAUGUAAAAACGCUAGAAGAUGGAACCACUGUGCUGACGGGCGGCUUUUCACGAAGAGGAAAACUGAGAGGCCCUCCCGGUUCUCGCAGUUUGGUUAAAGCGUUAAACGGAUGCGACGAUCCGCUGUUUUUGAAUUUCAUUGAGCGCUGCCUUCGGUGGGAUCCGGCGCUGCGUAUGACCCCAGAAACGGCGUUAAACCAUUUUUGGUUUAGAAGGUUGUUGCCACCGUCUCCGAACGUGGCCACGAUCACCACCACGAAUAGUCCUUCCACGUCGAGUAACUGUCAAAAUAGCCAUAUUAAUAAGGUACUGAAUAUCGCGUACGCGUACGCGGAUCAGCAAGCAUCUUCGCUGGUGACAACUUCGACCUGCAAUUCACUAAUGGCAUCGCACCAUGGCAACUCUAGCUCCCUGCAGUCGUUACAAUCUGCUUCGCUUACCUCGUCGGCCAUCAGCAUUCCGGCUGUGAGUGGCAGCGUGGGAGCCAUUGGUGGCGUUGGUCUUGUGGGAAGCGGUGGAACACUAGGGCGGUCUGCGGCUACUACCAUCAUCGAUAUUCCGUACAAUCCAAACGAUAAGAAAAGACUACUGAAUAGCUCCCCACAGGCAGCGUCUUCACUAACCUCUAACCCUGGACUGGCAUCCACUUCCUUCGUAGAUUACGUACUUGGUGAAUUGAGUGUAUAAAAUUUUGAGGAAAUUUCGUUAGCAAUAAUGGCUUCCGGGACACCAGAAUGCAUGCCGGGUGCCGGGGUGUCUUCCCCAUCCCCCAGAACGUAGAAUCAAAAUGACUAGUGCAAAUUGACCGCUACCGCGCAGAGGUAAAUUUGACGACGAUUAGUGUCUUGUGCUGGUAGGACAGCGGACAAAGUGUUAGGUAAUUAAAGCAAAACAAAAAAAGUAAAACAAAACAAAAACAUUUGUUAGACAUAAACACAAUAUAUAUUGUAAUGUAGCGUGUAGUAGCGACUACAGAGUACCGAUUGCGAUUGGAUGGCUCGGAAAGUAUUCGAGCGACAGCUAAAAUCUCUAUGUAAUAAUUUACUGCUAGGGUAGUAAGCAAAAAGGCGAAAACACUCAUUAACGGAUAGGACAUAUGUAGUAGCAGUUGCAAGUAAAUAAAUUUAUACUUAUGAGGAUAGAAUAAUUUAAUUUAACUUUUGUGUAUAGGUAAACAAUUAGCAAAUUGUGAAGCAUAAUGUGCGAGAAACGUUAGUAGUUUGCUGUUUUAAACUGUGAACAUUUAUAUGAUGUAUGAUCGACUACAAAAAAAAUGUUUGUAAUAUGUAACAACACAAUCGACUCCAGUUGGAUUUUACUAAUGUGACAACUAUAGUAAAGUAAAGAAAAAAAAAAUUGAAAAAUGUACGGAAUUUAUAUUAUUGUUAAAAGUGGUGUGACACAGCUCUUUUAUAGCGACAAAACAUGGACUAAAGCAGUGUUGAGCUACAACAGCAGGAAUAAAUGCGGACAGAGAGUACAUUAUGGGAAUGUGAUUGAUUGAGCGUAUUAUUUAGGCUUUCCGCAUAAGCAGAUAAAUUAUCAAAAAAAAAAACUUAAGCUAGAUAAUGGAACCAAUCGUAAUCGAUUGCUAGUGAAAACAUAGUUAAAGUAGCAGCAACUGGUACAAGCAGUUGAUUUAUAUCAAACUAAAGUGUAAUUUGCAAGAAAUAAAUCGGAAACUUUGGUGAAAUAAGGUUUUUCUAAAAAAAAUAAGGCUGUUAAAGCGCGCAUAUCGACUGCACCAACUAAUCAAACAUGAGUACAGCUGCUGCAUUUGCUGCGAGCAAUUUAGGACGGGAAUAGACCAGGAUUAACACUCACAACUACAACACAGAAUGCACUUUUCUAGGCAAAAUUCCGCAAAUUUCUGCAUUCUCUUCUUUACUGCCGCUGCCACCUGCAACCAAGCUGAAGCAUUCGAUAGGUUAGAGUGCAUUUUGCUCUCUACAGUAGAACAAAACUGCGUAGGUUACUUUAUUUAGCUAUUUUGUGUAAGGCGCUAGUGUUCAAUCCCAUUUAUGAUCUCACAUCAAUCACCCAUGUUUAGUCGAUUUGAAAUUUCCAUUGAUGAGUUGUGUUCCGUUGAAACUGUAAUUUGUACUAGAAUUGGUGGCCUAUAAAUGCUUAAAAAGUAAACUCUGUUUAGUGCGCGGCACGCGCCUGGAGAAAAAAAACACUAGUUACAUUAAUCAAUUUCAUUUCAUCGGCUAAGUCGCUGCAACAGGCAUAAACUGAUACACAUUAGACAUUACGUAACGGAUACAAAGAACAUGUUGUGAGAAUACAUUUUAGGGAAUCUUGAUAACUGUCUAUUAUUCGGAAAGAAGAUAAAAAGAAGCUUUUAAUCAUAGACGAGAAACAAUGGCUGAUAUAUUCAAUCGCUCCUUGACACAUUACCUUAGAGAAGAAACACAAACAUUCAUAGACAGGAACACGCAUUGAAAAGCUUUCGAUAAUUUAACUAGAAUGAACAUUAUUCAGCAACAUCCGGAUAAAAAUUUGCUGCCAGUCGACUUCUCUGCGUGUACAAAUUCCUACCCUGAACUAAUUUCACCAACUGUAAAUGCACGAGCGCCAUAGAGUCUAAAAAUCAUUUAUGCACUUUUACAAUGCGCAUUUAUUGGGACUGUUUUCCACGAGUAGUAUGAGAAUAAAAUCGAAAAAAAUGUAGACGAUGCAGAAGCAGAGGGGAAGUCAAAGAUCAAUUUGGAAGAAAGAAAAAACAAACGUAAAACUAAGCGAAACAAACUGCCAAUAUAUAAGAUCACUAGUGGAAAAUGAUUCAUUGUCACACACAAAACGUCACAAUUACCGUCAUUAACAGUCAUACUGAAUUGUGUAGCCGCCGUCACCGUCAUAGAUUUCGUCAAUGUAGGAUGAAAGGAUAGGGAAUGUCAGUCUAAGCUAGUAAGAAAUAAUCAAUGCCACAUCUCUAUACACAUUCUCGUACACCACGACCCCAACGAAAGAAAGGAUGCUUAGUCCCCGACAUUAGCUAUCAUCUAAAACUUUCAAUAUUCGAAAUAACCAGCCAUACACACACACUCUAGAAUAUUUGUAGCUGUAUUACCACUUGUAUACAAUCAACUUUUUAUAAAAAAAAUGAAUAGAGCAAUUUAUUGCUAAAAAUAUAUUGCAAUUUCAUACUUUCAUUUGUUUGUUCAAUUUUUUUCCUAUAACGGGCCGGGAAGUAGCGCUACCUACUAACAGAAACACAACCGAUUUUGAGAGACAAAGUUAAGUACCUAUUCUAUUCCGUUUGGUCAAUGGACAGGUAAAUUAAUGCUGGUAAUUUUUUUUCUAAGAUCCUUCGUUCGAACGCACAGUUUCGUGAUCAGUUUCAUUUCUUUAUUCAAACACCCAAGCACACAAACCUAAACGUUGUGAAUUUUCCAACAGCACAUACACAAGCACCCACAACACAUUUGUAGUUUAGCCCUAGGUUCGUUCCUUCAAUUGCGUUUCUGCUGGGCGAAUAAACUGCGAACAAAUAUGACACUAUACCAUAAACAAAAAAUUGUGAAAACAACAUAACAAAUGGACUGUAUUACUAGUGAAGGUAAACUUAUAAGUAAACAGAUAUUUGUAGAUAAUAUAAACAAACUAACGUAUCCUGCUACCAUAGUUCGGCCAGCUUCCAUGCGUUUUACAACAUAGGUUGCAACAGUUUGGACAUGACGAAUUUUCUCGGUUUCUGGCGUUUUUUUUUCACUCUCUCUUUCUCUUGUAAAGACGAUCCGGAAACUAAAGUUUCGGUGGGCAGCGCAUAUUACAAAAAAAUGAAAAUUAAAAACUUUAAAAUACUCAGCGAUGGUAGAAAUAACGGAACCAAGCGUUGCUCCUUUGGUUAGACUUCUUCCCUUGAACCAUUGAUUCGAUGAUAGUGAAAAAUUAUAAACUUUAUAACCAAGCAUUAUACAAGGGUUACUUGUAUAUAGUAUGAACAAAAAAUAAAACGUAGUGGAAUGGGUAACAUUUGACUUGAACCACUGUUGUAGACCUCAAUUGGAAAAGAGAAAAUUGCAGCAAAUAUGAAACGGGCAACAAAAGAGCACACGAUAAUACUUACACGUUGUUGCGGCAAAAAACAAAACAGAAAAAUGAGAGACAUUAUAAGUUAGCAAUGAUUGCAAGAAAGUGAACUAUAUUAUAAGCAAAAACAGUAAAAAAAAGCAUGUAUAGAGAAAAAAAUAUAUGUCGGAUGGAACAAUGAAACGUUGAAAA